AUGGAUACUAAGGAAGAACUGCAUAUGUUCAAGCAACAGUUGGGCUGCUAUAGUAACCAACACAAGAUUGAUUGUUACUUCAUUAUGGAACAGAGUCCACAAUUAGGACAGAUAAGUGUCCAGAUGUACACGGAAUUGUUAUGGCAAUGCUCAUUAGCCGUCAGGGUUCCGUCCAACAAAAAAUAUGGAACAGUGAUGUAUGAGGAGAUGCCCGAUUACAAAGAAGAAACGGAACGUCGAGAACCAUCAACUUGA